GCUGGGGCGGAGGAGCGGGCAGGGAGCAAAGGUUGGCGUCUUCGUGCUGAGAGUUUCGCCAGAGAAGUGUCGGAAUCAUGACGGUGGGAGCCAGGCUCCGAAACAAGGCGGCGCGCACCUUCCCGCGCCGCGGGCCCCGAGGGCGACGGCAGACGGACGGGGACGAGGAGGCGGAUGCCAUCCUGGAGCACCUGGAGUGCGGGGACGAGGCGGCCGAGAGCGGCGCGAGCGAGGAGAGUGAGCCGCGCCCGGGGGCCCGGAGCGCGCGUAGGGUGCACCUUGCUGGCCUGCCAGAGCGCUAUGAACCGCUAGAGGAGGCGACGCAGGGCGACAAGCCCAAGAAGAGGUACCGGCAAAAGCUGAAGAAGUAUGGCAAGAAUGUUGGGAAGGUCAUCACCAAAGGAUGCCUCUACAUAGUCAUUGGCCUGCAAGGAUUCGCUGCAGCCUACUCUGCCCCUUUUGGAGUAGCCACCAGCGUCGUGUCAUUUGUGCGCUAGUGGGAGCCACUGGGGCAGGUGUCACAAGAAAGAAUGGAAGCCUCUGCUCAGGAAACAGUGCGAAUCCAGGAGCCUGUCGGACUUGAACUCACAGAACACUUGGAAGAGAAACAAUGUCUGUUGAAUUGGAUGAGUGUUUGUCCCUGCCCAUCUGCUGAGCUUUUCUUGUCUCUCAGACACAAGUGGAUCCAGUGGUCAGUCCUGCAGAGAAUUAGGCCAAGGUUAGGUUUGGGCUUAGUUUGCUAAAGCCAGAGACUCCAUGUGAAGGCAGCAAGGACUAAGGUGGAGAAAAACACCAGACAGAUUCAAGCAGUAUGUGUGGGUAGCAGAGUGGUGAUUUUGAGGAGGCAAGAAGAUGCUGACCUGGAGUCAGAUGGCUUUCUGGAUUCUUCUGGAAAGAUCAUGGACUGACAGGAGCACUCGUAGCCCUUGGCUUCUUUCAUCCCUCAGGCAGUAAAAGAGCUGUUUAUUUCUCCCUCGUCUCCUUCCUCCACCACUCUGUCACCAGGAAUUUAAUUACAGGCUUGGGAAGAAGGAAGGAAGACAAAAAUCUCUUUGAAGGCUAUGCUACUUUGAAAACUGUGCUGACAGUUGUGUCCUGAAUGUUUGAAGCAGAUAAAAGCUUGUCAUUUUCACCCAUCUCUACAUGAAUGUGCAGCUGGCAGUGAGGGAAGGAGGGAGGGUAAGUUCAGAUGCGGUUGGGUAGCUGGGACGGGUUGAUUGAGAGCUAGCACCUGAGGGCUGUAGUACCCAGCCAUGUGUUUGGGGCUGGCCAGGCUCCCCUGCAAAUGCAUGGCUGGCUGGCAGCCUAGGCAUCCUAGCAGCUUUGGCUUACUCCCGACAACCGCUCUGCAAUGGGCUGGCCAAGGGUGCUUUGUUCUGGGGCACAGGGGUCAAUAAGAGAGAGGAGAGGGAGGCAAAACACCUGUGAAUGAAAAUGAGGAUUCAGAGAAGGAACCAGUAAGUGCAAGACAGUUAUAAAGGAAGUGGAAACUAGGCGAUGCGGAUGUCAGAAGAGAUCAGUGGAAGUCCAGAAGCCAUUUGUCAUUUUCACCCAUCUCUACAUGAAUGCGCAGCUGGCAGUGAGGGAAGGAGGGAGGGUAAGAUUCUUUGUGUUGAGGAAUUGAGGUGGGCUGGGCCCUUGGCUAUGGGUAGGUGCUGGGGAGGUGCAGUGGUGGUCCUCAAAACCCCUCUGGGGCUCAGGAACUGGCAUGAGCUUUUGUAGCAUCCUUCCUUCUCUUGACCGCAUCUCACCGGGCCCAAAGGUUGGAGUAAAUUUGAUGCCUGAGUCUGAUUAUCAACAAGGAUAAUGCUGUGGGCCCCUGGAAAGGCAGGGGAAAGGAAGAAGAGGGACCUCUUACUGCGCCCUUUUGCCAACCUCCACUGUAAGCCACCAUUCUGCCUUUGUGACCGGGACACCCACAAAUCCUGUGUGACCUCUCUGGAGGAUCAGGCCACGCCUACUUUUGCCCCAGGGGUUUUCCCAGGACAUGCAAGGGAUGUUCCAAGCAUUGAGGAUCAAGCCCAACCAAGAGCUAUUGGAAGGUGGAGAGGGUAGAAAGGCAGACAGACAGAUGGACAAAGGACAGGGUGGAAACAGCUGUAGCUCUGUAGUCUUAGUUCCCCCUUCUGGAGGCUCAUGUACAUGAUACACCAGGACCAGUUCCUGCAUCAUUAACAUUUGUGAGGAGAAGAGAGACCAUGUUGUUUUAGCUCAGAUGAUGCCAAGUGACCCAUGGCACAUUUUUACGCAUGUGGGACAAUCAUGGCUUGCCUGGCAACACUGGGAGUCAGAGAAAAGAAGAGACAGAGAAAUGGAAGAAAGAGCCAGAGUUAGCAAGAAAGAGGUGAGGGCCAGUGAGGGCUGCUUGCUGCAGAAGACAGGAGGUUUUUGGGACUCCUUCCCAGUGGCUCAGUGAUGCAGAGCAGAACCAGGGAACCCAGGAAGUCCUGGGGAGUGGUAGUGACGCAGGGAAGGGACGAGAGCUGCCGAGACCUUUCCUUGCCUGGGAGUCUAUCCAAGAAAGUCCUUUUCCACCUCCCUGCCCCCCAACCUCCAUAUUGGAAAAACUACAAGGUCAAGCACAUCUGGCCCUGUAAUUCCUAAAAUCUGGUUAAGAAUUAACUCAGAAAUGUCAAAAAACAAAACCCCACAGGGAUUGUCCUGGGGAUCAAGUUCACCUGUACAGAAGAUGGACCUCCCACUGACACUCUGCCUGCAGAGUCCAGGCUGGGCUCCUGUGGAUUUCAUAUGCUCAGUUCCUUGAGCUGAAGAACUUGAACUACACUGCCCAUAACCUUGGCCCCUGUUGAACUCUCUAGACUCUCACCCUACUGAGAAAUGAGUUAGAGCUCCCCCUUUUUGUGUUUCAUCAAGAGGCUUCUUUUGUAUCCUUCUCUUGCCCUGUUAAUAAAAAUGCCAAGUUGUUUAA